CUGGUUUAGGUAGGUUUUAGCGCUGGACAAACGAGUGACUGACUGGGGAUGUCCCGGAUUUGCCGGGGCUCGGCACCGCCACUCGUUCAGUUACGGUCCUGCAGUAUCGGGUCCUGGGACAUGAAACACCGAUCGUAAUUUUCAGGGGGAAAAGAACAUAUGAAACACCGAUCGUAAUUUUCAGGGGGAAAAGAACAUGGGGCCUCUUCUUUCAUACAGCUUCUCAAAACCAGAAUUCCCUUUUAUUAAGCUUAACAUAUUUCUGAGCGUACGAGCAAUUCUCUCAGUUUGCUUUUACUGAGGCUCUGCAACAUGUCUUGCAUCCAUUGUCAGGCAGAGCUGAAACAAAGCGGGGGAAGAUGGAAACAUAACGACGACUUUAAUUAAAAACACCUGGCUUGUUAAAUACGCACAGAGAAGCAGACACCCCGGUUAUUUACCUCACCUGCGAUGAACAAGCUGUUUUAUUCUCCUGAAAUGUUCCGAGAACAUCAGCAGUAUUUGGUCUGAGGGAACUCUGCAGGCAAGGUCUGUACUCAUGGAAAAAGCGUGCUAGUAACCUACGGACCCCUCCGCUGAAAGAAACGUUUUCGUUUUCCGGGAGCUGUGGACGGCCAGCUCCCAGCACCCUCCGUCCACGGCGCGACCGAAGGCACUGAUGUUAAUUAGCAACAUCCGUGGGCUUUCAGGCUUGAUUUCAGAACCAGAGUAAUGCCACGGCCCUUGAGCAACUCAGAUGUUCCUUUUUUAGCUUAAUGAGAAAGGUUUUAUCACGGGAUCUUGGAGGCACGAGCAAGAGUAGAAGCAGCACAAACAGAUUUAGGACUUGCGAGUCUAAACUACAGGAGUACGCUUAGGCUUUGAGUUUCAGCAGCGUCAAGAAACCUUUUCUGUUCACACGUACUCUCUCUUUCCGUCGAGUUUCUCUUCUUUGCUAAUGCAGAGAUGUAACUCCGAUCUUUCUUUAGACUGGGACGGCGGGGGGCAAGCUGUGGCAAACGAUGAACACAAACGGGGGGGAUCCUUUGGGUUUUUUUCGUUGCUGUUUUGUUGUUGUUGGAUUCUCCCCUUGCCCCCCCGCCCAAACCCCGGCGCGGGCUCGCUGGCUGAGAUGUCGCUCCCGCCAUGCUCAGAAGGCGGGUUUUGUGCAGGAGGUGAGGCCAGCGAUGCAGGUCCACCCACUUGAAAACAAAACUUUUUUCUUGCAGGCGCUGAGAGCAGAGACCUGGCGCGGGGUCCCCGGAGCCGCCUCGCCGCCCGCGCUGGUAUGCGGUAGGGUAGGGCCAUGUAUUGGAAGAGUGACCCGAUGUUCGUCUGCAGGCUGGAGGACAAGGAUCUGCCCGCGCUCGGCGGCCCCUCGGAGAAGCAGGCGAGCCCCGCGGCGGCCGACGAGGACUCCUGCUCUUCCUCCGCCGCCCUGUCGCCCUCCUCCUCGCCGCGGUCCAUGGCCUCGGGCUCUGGCUGCGCCCCCAGCAAGUGCGUGUGCAGCAGCUGUGGCCUGGAGAUCGUGGACAAGUACCUGCUGAAGGUAAAUGACCUCUGCUGGCACGUGCGUUGUCUCUCAUGCAGCGUUUGCAGAACAUCUCUAGGAAGGCAUACGAGCUGUUACAUCAAAGAUAAAGAUAUUUUCUGCAAACUUGAUUAUUUCAGGCGGUACGGCACCCGCUGUGCGCGCUGCGGCCGCCACAUCCAUGCCACGGACUGGGUGCGCAGGGCCAAGGGCAACGUGUACCACCUGGCGUGUUUCGCCUGCUUCUCCUGCAAGAGACAGCUGUCCACUGGCGAGGAGUUCGCGCUGGUGGAGGAGAAGGUGCUCUGCAGGGUGCAUUACGACUGCAUGUUGGACAACCUGAAAAGAGAAGUUGAAAAUGGUAAUGGGAUUAGUGUGGAAGGAGCGUUGCUAACAGAACAAGACGUUAAUCAUCCAAAACCAGCAAAAAGAGCUCGGACCAGCUUCACAGCAGAUCAACUCCAGGUUAUGCAAGCACAGUUUGCUCAGGACAACAACCCAGAUGCACAAACGCUUCAGAAACUGGCAGAAAGAACAGGCUUGAGCAGGCGUGUUAUACAGGUGUGGUUUCAAAAUUGCAGAGCACGCCACAAGAAACAUGUUAGUCCUAAUCAUUCAUCUACUGCUCCUGUCACAGCAGUUCAGCCCUCCAGGCUGUCUCCACCCAUGUUAGAAGAAAUGGCUUACUCUGCCUACGUACCCCAGGACGGGACCAUGCUGACUGCUCUGCACAGCUAUAUGGAUGCUCACUCACCUACAGCUCUUGGACUCCAGCCUUUGCUCCCUCAUUCCAUGACACAGCUGCCACUCAGUCACACCUAAUUCCUUCUGGCAGGGAUAUAAGCUAUUAAGGACGUAACCAGAAGUCAUUUAUUGUGUAUUAAAAAUAUCAUUGGAAAGAUAUUAAUGUUAACUUUUUAUUUAACAUCUAAAGCAUUUUCAAGAUCAUUUUUGCUGCCCAGGUAUGUAAGUAUAUUUAGCCUGAAAGACACUUUUAUGAAUUCUGCAUAAAUAUUACAUUGUUUACAAGCCUUAUGAAACACCUUUUUGUAUUGUCUGGAAGUAGUCUGCUCUAGUUAUGUGUGUGUUAAUUUAUUUGUCAUCAAAAGAGCACUUUGCCUAAAAGAAAGGACUGACAAUUGUGCAAAAUGUUUACAAUUCUUUGUGAAAUUGUAGUUUAUCAUUAGUUUGUAUCUGUAAGUUAUUGCUAAAAGUAUUACCUGUAUUUGAGUUGUAUACAGCCUAUAUGUUAAAGCUUAUUUCUGUGAGUUUACAAAAAUAAAUUUUGGUUGCAAAUAAUUUCAAAAUGAACUGAAUAAAGUUUCUGCUGUAGCAUGCCAAGCAAAAA